CUUUCAUGUGAACAUGGUUGGGUUAAGAAAAGACAACAUAUAGAUUAAACUCAAGUAGGUUCCCUUGGGAUUUAGAUGUGGAGAUGAUGGAUGAUGAUGAAGAAGACUUUGAGCUAUGGCUUCAACAGGCUAUUUUGCUUCUGGUCUCUUCUGUGAACCUCUCUAAACGUAGAAAAAGCUGGAGCCCUUUCUAGCUAGGCCAGAAAGAAAACAAUGGCGAAGACAUCCACUUGAUUCAAAACUAUCUAUAGCUUAAAACCGGAUUCUGUAUAUGGAAAGCUGUGAGUUUUUGUUUCUUUACUUAUUUUUCAGUGUUGUAAACUUCUUUGAGUAACUGACCAAAAAAAAAAAACUUAUUCGAGUAAAAAAAAAAUUAAAGAAGCUGUGUGUUUCUUACUAGCCCUGCCCGACUUCGGUUUUCCAAACCGAACCGAACCGUCAAUUUUCGGUUAACCAAAAUUUUUAAAACCUAUUCCGAAAUUAACCGAAUUAAAUUUCGGUUCGGUUCGGUUAUCGGUUAAUUUUGGUUUUCAAAACUAUUUCCGGAAAUAAUCAUUUUUUUGUUUUCGGUUAAUUUCGGUCCAAUUUUCCAAAAAAAAUCAGCUAUUUUCGGUUAAAUUUGAUUAGUUCGGUUAAUUUCAGAUAUUUUUCGUUUUUUGGUUAAAUUCGGUUCGGUUUUUUUGGAUAUUUUCGUUUAUUUUCGAUUUUUUUUUUUUUGAAAAUUGAAAAACCGAACCGAACCAAAAACCAAAUUACUUUUCAAAAUCGUACCAAACUAAACAAACCCAAAACCGAAACCGAACCAAAAACCGAAAAUUUUGGUUCGGCUCGGUUCGGCCCCUUUGGUUCGGACAAAAGUCGCAUAGCUAUUUCUUACAAUGAAAAUGGCCCCACGAAAAUGUGUACAAUUAAUCGCUGUUCAUUUGUUGAAAAAAGACUCAGAAGAAAAGAAAUGGACGUUAAUAUUGUUUCAGUUUUCAAAUAAUAUAUUUUUAUAUUUUCACACAUUUAAUCUAAAUUAAAAUGUAAUUAUAAAUACAUUAUUAUAUGAUUAAUUAUUUCAAAAUAGUAAUUAAAAAAAAACUAAUAAUGAUGCAUAUAAAAAGUUUUGUUUCGAAAAGAAGAAAAUAAGUGUAAUAUUUUGUUCGUAAGAAAUAAUUUCCCUUAUAAAUAUGUUUUGGGGAAAAUAAAAGUUGGAGAAAUCGAACCCGUAAGUUUUCCCUCCUUAUAUGUUUGUUACCGAACCUCCACAUUUUAUUUUGUUUUUGUUUAAUUUCCUUUACGCUUUCCUCUCUUCUUCGAUUGUUGACCUUCUGGGUCUGGGUACGAGUUUCCUUUUCUAGCACCGCCGCAAUUUCCCCCCGGCAGUAAAACCCUAGAAAUUGGGAUUAUACAACGACGAGCAAGAGAUUCGAAAAUUUGAUCCCUUUCUCGUCCCUUCCUGAUUCAAUUCAAAAAACCCUAACCCUAAAAUCCUCGUCCAAUUGCUUCAAUCCUAUUGGUUUCGUUGUCUCUUCGUGUAAAGGAGCUAAUCUCUAUAGAGCUAAUCUCUAUCUCGUGGGGAGGAAGGUGAAAUGAGUAGGCUUUCUUUCCGGCCACGGCCACUAGACAUUCACAAGAAGCUUCCCAUUUUGAAAUCGUUUAAAGACUUUGAAGACGACGACACUCCGACUUCCACCACUAGAAACUCUCAGUUCCUGCGUCUAGCUUCUUCUGUAGAUGUUGACAAUGAGGUGCAGCAUCCAGUGCCAAGCAAGAAGCUGGCUUCAGAGAUACCCACACCUCAGUUUGUUGUUGUGGAUACAUAUGAAAGAGAUUACUUAGCUACCUUUGGUCAACCUGCUUCUUAUCUACGUGCAAGAGGAGCUCGGUCUGAGCUUGGAGAUUUUGUGGAGUAUGAUCUUGACAACGAGGAUGAUGACUGGCUUUAUGAGUUUGAUAAGGAUAACAAGGAGCUCUCACCUGAAAUGCUUGAGAGCAUUAUUUUUAAGCUAGAGGUGUUGGAUCACAAAACGAGGGAAAGAGCUGGUGUUAUCACACCUACCCUUAGCUCUCCGGUUCAUGUGCGUUUGCAGCUUGAUGCUGCUAUUGAGGCCCUGCAAUCACUGUCAAUUAAUUAUGGAGUCUUUCAGGCUAUCUUCAACUACUGGAAAAGCAAGCGCAAAAGAUGGCAGAAGCCUAUCUUGCGGCGUUUACAGCCUCCUCCACCGGUGAAUGACACGAAUCCCUACAAUGUGUUUAGGCCAAGAGAGAAAGCUCACAGACUCCACACAAGAAGGAUGCAGAGGAGAGAAAACAAUGUGCAGUCAUUUGAAAAGCUUCGACAGGUUAGACGCAAUCUUGACCAAGCAAAGACCAUUCUGGAGGCUCUCAUUAAGAGAGAAGAAAAGAAGAGGGAUGUCAUGGAUGGUGAGGUUAGCCUCCAGAGGAUGCAACUCCAAUACAGGCAUGAAACAGAGCUGUUAGAAGAUAGCUAUGCUCAGCAUGGAUUUCAACCAGCAACAACAUCUUACAAAUAUGGCUCAAGCGACGAAGAGUUGAUGGACUCAGAUGACUACACUAGCACACAUGUACGCACAAGACCUCCCGUUAUCCCUAACUCUCGUUUCACAAAUGGAUCUCAACCCAGAGGCAUAAAACAAGAAGUUAGAAGAAGACACUCCUCCCAUCACAAUUGGCUUCACAAACUGGAUCCUAAUGAACCGGUGAUGUUGUUCACAAAACCGCUGGUUCCUGAGAAACUGGCAGCUGCAGGGAUCGUUCCUCCAGCACCUGAUUCAUCCACUGGUCAACCUCCAAGUCGGUUCAAGGGGAGGAUUGGGCGUGGUGGGAGGAUAAUUUUUGAUAGAUGGAAUCCUCUGAUGCAGUCUCACAUUAACUGCGGAGACUCUUUCUACAUUGCACCAAAUCACUAAUCUAUCAACUUCAACUGUUAAAAUAUUAUUUCACAAUCUUUCUUUGUAAAGACUUUUCAGUUGACCAAUGGUGAUGAAGAAGUCUGUGCCUAAAGUAUUUGGCACUCUGUAACUCGGUAGUUAUUUUCUGUUUGUUUCCAUUAAAAGGGAAUUCGGUUUUAAAUAAUUAACCGGUUAUUUUACCGGUUCAGUAAA